CUGCAGGGAGAGCUCGCCCAGCUUUGCGGACGCCGCCACCGUCGCCACCGUCGCCUCUUCCUGCUACUGCUGGCGUUCCCGGGCCGCUCCCGGUGGCGGCGCUGCCCUGGGUGGGCGGCGGGCCCGGGCGGCAGCUGAGCACCCGGCGCGGCGCAUCCAGUUCUCCCGGCCGCGCGGCGCCGUGACAGGUGCAGAGUCUGGGCUGAAGUCUCACCUGCAGCCAUCGCCGCGAUGCCCACAAUGCGGAGAACAGUGUCGGAGAUUCGCUCUCGCGCUGAGGGUUAUGAGAAGACAGAUGAAGUUUCAGAGAAGACCUCGCUGGCCGAUCAGGAGGAAGUCAGGACUAUAUUCAUCAACCAGCCCCAGCUGACAAAAUUCUGCAAUAACCAUGUCAGCACUGCAAAAUACAACAUAAUCACAUUCCUUCCAAGAUUCCUCUACUCUCAGUUCAGAAGAGCUGCUAAUUCAUUUUUUCUCUUUAUUGCAUUGCUUCAGCAAAUACCUGAUGUGUCACCAACAGGUCGUUAUACAACACUGGUUCCUCUCUUAUUUAUUUUAGCUGUGGCAGCUAUCAAAGAAAUAAUAGAAGAUAUAAAACGACACAAAGCUGAUAAUGCGGUGAACAAGAAGCAGACACAAGUUUUGAGAAAUGGUGCUUGGGAAAUUGUUCACUGGGAAAAGGUAAAUGUUGGAGAUAUAGUUAUAAUAAAAGGCAAAGAGUAUAUACCUGCUGACACUGUACUUCUCUCAUCAAGUGAGCCCCAGGCCAUGUGCUACAUUGAGACAUCCAACCUAGAUGGUGAAACUAACUUGAAAAUUAGACAGGGCUUACCAGCAACCUCCGAUAUCAAAGACAUUGACAGUUUGAUGAGAAUUUCUGGCAAAAUUGAGUGUGAGAGUCCAAACAGGCAUCUCUACGAUUUUGUGGGAAAUAUAAGGCUUGAUGGCCAUGGCACUGUUCCUCUGGGAGCAGAUCAGAUUCUUCUUCGAGGUGCUCAGUUGAGAAAUACUCAGUGGGUUCAUGGAAUAGUUGUCUACACUGGACAUGACACCAAGCUGAUGCAGAAUUCAACGAGCCCGCCACUUAAGCUCUCUAAUGUGGAACGGAUUACAAAUGUACAAAUAUUGAUUUUGUUUUGUAUCUUAAUUGCCAUGUCUCUUAUCUGUUCCGUGGGCUCAGCCAUUUGGAAUCGAAAGCACUCUGGAAGAGACUGGUAUCUCAAUCUGAACUAUGGUGGUGCUAAUAAUUUUGGACUGAAUUUCUUGACCUUCAUCAUCCUUUUCAACAAUCUCAUUCCAAUCAGCUUGUUGGUUACAUUAGAGGUGGUGAAAUUCACCCAGGCAUACUUCAUAAACUGGGAUCUCGACAUGCACUAUGAACCCACGGAUACUGCUGCUAUGGCUCGAACAUCUAAUCUGAAUGAGGAACUUGGCCAGGUUAAAUACAUAUUUUCUGACAAAACUGGGACUCUGACAUGCAAUGUAAUGCAGUUUAAGAAGUGCACUAUAGCAGGAGUUGCUUAUGGGCAGAGCUCUCAGCUGGGAGAUGAAAAAACAUUUAAUGAUUCAUCAUUGCUGGAAAAUCUCCAAAAUAAUCAUCCGACGGCCCCUAUCAUAUGUGAGUUUCUUACAAUGAUGGCUGUCUGCCACACAGCGGUGCCAGAGCGGGAAGGUGACAAGAUCAUUUAUCAAGCGGCAUCUCCAGAUGAGGGAGCUCUGGUCAGAGCAGCCAAGCAAUUGAAUUUUGUUUUCACUGGAAGAACACCUGACUCGGUCAUUAUCGAUUCACUGGGGCAGGAAGAAAGAUAUGAAUUGCUCAAUGUGCUGGAGUUCACCAGCGCUCGAAAAAGAAUGUCAGUGAUUGUUCGCACUCCAUCCGGGAAGUUACGUCUUUACUGCAAAGGAGCUGACACUGUAAUUUAUGAACGACUUGCAGAGACUUCAAAAUACAAAGAAAUUACCCUAAAACAUUUAGAACAGUUUGCUACAGAAGGAUUAAGAACUUUGUGUUUUGCCGUGGCUGAGAUUUCGGAGAGCGACUUUGAGGAGUGGAGAGCUGUCUACCAGCGGGCGUCCACCUCCGUGCAGAACAGACUGUUGAAGCUGGAGGAGAGCUACGAGCUGAUCGAAAAGAACCUUCAGCUACUUGGAGCUACAGCUAUUGAGGAUAAAUUACAAGAUCAAGUGCCUGAAACCAUAGAAACUCUGAUGAAAGCAGAUAUCAAAAUCUGGAUCCUCACGGGGGACAAGCAAGAAACUGCCAUUAAUAUUGGACAUUCCUGCAAACUCUUAAAGAAGAACAUGGGAAUGAUUGUUAUAAAUGAAGGCUCUCUUGAUGCAACCAGGGAAACCCUCAGUCGGCACUGUAAUACCCUUGGGGAUGCUCUUCGGAAAGAGAACGAUUUUGCUCUUAUAAUUGAUGGGAAGACCCUCAAGUAUGCCUUGACCUUCGGAGUCCGGCAGUAUUUCCUGGAUCUAGCUUUGUCGUGCAGAGCUGUCAUUUGCUGCAGGGUUUCUCCUCUUCAAAAAUCUGAAGUCGUUGAGAUGGUUAAGAAACAAGUCAAAGUCAUAACACUGGCAAUUGGUGAUGGAGCAAAUGACGUGAGCAUGAUACAGACAGCCCACGUCGGUGUCGGGAUAAGCGGCAACGAAGGCUUGCAGGCGGCGAAUUCCUCAGACUACUCCAUAGCCCAGUUCAAGUAUUUGAAGAACUUACUGAUGGUUCAUGGUGCCUGGAACUAUAACAGAGUGUCCAAGUGCAUCCUGUACUGCUUCUACAAGAACAUAGUCCUCUAUAUUAUUGAGAUCUGGUUUGCCUUUGUUAAUGGCUUUUCUGGACAGAUCCUCUUUGAAAGAUGGUGUAUAGGUCUUUAUAAUGUGCUGUUUACAGCAAUGCCUCCCUUAACUCUUGGAAUAUUUGAGAGAUCAUGCAGAAAAGAGAAUAUGUUGAAGUAUCCUGAACUGUACAAAACGUCCCAGAAUGCUCUGGACUUCAAUACCAAGGUUUUCUGGGUUCAUUGUUUAAAUGGCCUCUUCCACUCCGUUAUUCUGUUUUGGUUUCCAUUAAAAGCCCUUCAGUAUGGUAAUGUAUUCGGAAAUGGGAAAACUUCCGAUUACCUGCUUCUGGGAAAUUUUGUGUACACUUUUGUAGUGAUAACUGUGUGUUUGAAAGCUGGACUGGAGACAUCGUAUUGGACAUGGUUCAGCCACAUAGCAAUCUGGGGCAGUAUCGCGCUCUGGGUGGUGUUUUUUGGAAUCUACUCAUCUCUGUGGCCUGCUGUUCCGAUGGCCCCUGAUAUGUCUGGAGAGGCAGCCAUGCUGUUCAGUUCAGGAGUCUUUUGGACGGGCUUGCUAUUUAUUCCUGUGGCAUCUUUGCUUCUGGACGUGAUGUACAAGGUUAUCAAGAGGACCGCUUUUAAAACCUUAGUAGAUGAAGUUCAGGAGCUUGAAGCCAAAUCUCAAGACCCAGGAGCAGUUGUGCUUGGGAAAAGCCUCACCGAAAGAGCACAACUGCUCAAGAACGUCUUUAAGAAGAACCAUGUAAAUUUGUACCGCUCGGAGUCAUUGCAACAAAACCUGCUCCAUGGGUAUGCUUUCUCUCAAGAUGAAAAUGGAAUCGUUUCACAGUCUGAAGUGAUUAGAGCCUAUGAUACCACAAAACAGAGGCCUGAUGAGUGGUGAUGGGGAGGGGCUGAGAGGCCGGCCCUGCUACAUCUCUAAAGAGAGCCACUGCAACCUAAGGUCGUCACUGCAAUCUGCUGACCAAUUCCAGUCUGGUCUAUGGAGAGGAAAGGUGGAUCUGAGCUCAUCUCGUUGAUGGGCCUUCAGAUCCACGUACAUUACAGACAUAGUGCUGUGUAGCUGCACUGUAACACCAUCUUUCUCGGAUUUUUAAAGUGUCCGCUAAGGCUUUGUAUACAGAAAUUAAAAAUGACCUCGUGUCUUGC